AUGCGCUGCAUCCGGAACAUAUUGGGCAUAUCUUGGAAGGACAGGGUCACGAACGAGAGGGUUCUUGAGAUUGCUAAGCUGCCCAGCCUCUUUGCGCUGCUAAAGCAGAGACGCUUACGUUGGCUGGGGCAUGUGCAUCGUAUGCAACCUUCUCGUUUGCCGCGGCGUGUUUUGCUUGGCGCCAUAGCUGAUGCCAAGAGAAGCGUUGGUCGACCGAUGCUACGGAAUAAGGACUGCGCCAAGCGAGACAUGCACGCCUUCAACAUCCCGGUUCAUCAAUGGGAGAAGCUUGCCGAGGACAGAGAUAAGUGGCGCAAACUGGUGUCCGUCGGUAGUAAAAUCCACGAUGACGCUUGGUUUAAGACACUCGCCAAGCCACCAACGACGACAGCAACCUCGUCGACAACGGAAGCAACCAUGAAAGAGCCCAGUGGUAGUAGCGGAGACUACCCACCAACAUGUCCUAAAAACGAGGAGUACUACGACUGCACAAACGGCUGCACAGCGUGGAAGUGCUCCGAGCUCGGUUUCCCAUUGGACUGCGACAAGUGCACGCCCGGGUGCGUUUGUAAGGACGGUCUCGUGCGUGCUGAUGAUGGCACUUGCAUUCCUGCAAAUGGAUGCCCAUCAUGUGGCGGUGAUAAAAAUGCCCAACAAGGAUGCGGCAGUAACUGCAACAAAAUGUGUUCUGAUAUUGGUAAACCACCAAAGCCUUGCCCACCAAGUUGCAUAUUCAACGGUUGCACAUGCAGAGAACUCUAUUACUACGACGCUAAUGAAAAGAAAUGCGUGAAGCCAGAGGAUUGCACACUUACCUGCCCAGCAAACGAAGAGUAUUCUCCUUGCAUCCAAAGCGGCUGCACUGCCAAGAACUGUAGCCAACUCGGGAAACCGGUGCCUUGUAUAAGAAUAGACCCGAAGUAUUGUAUUAAGGGGUGUGUCUGCAAAGAGGGGUACUUUAGAAACGCAAAAGAAAAUUGUGUACCUGAAGACCAAUGCAAGACACUUACCUGCCCAGCAAACGAAGAGUAUUCUCCUUGCAUCCAAAGCGGCUGCACUGCCAAGAACUGUAGCCAACUCGGGAAACCGGUGCCUUGUAUAAGAAUAGACCCGAAGUAUUGUAUUAAGGGGUGUGUCUGCAAAGAGGGGUACUUUAGAAACGCAAAAGAAAAUUGUGUACCUGAAGACCAAUGCAAGACACUUACCUGCCCAGCAAACGAAGAGUAUUCUCCUUGCAUCCAAAGCGGCUGCACUGCCAAGAACUGUAGCCAACUCGGGAAACCGGUGCCUUGUAUAAGAAUAGACCCGAAGUAUUGUAUUAAGGGGUGUGUCUGCAAACAGGGGUACUUUAGAAAUGCAAAAGAAAAUUGUGUACCUGAAGACCAAUGCAAGACACAACCCUGCCCAGCCAACGAAGAAUACUCCUCCUGCAUCAACGGUGGAUGUGGACCCAGGAACUGCAGUCAGAUCGGCAAGCCGAGCUCCUGUGUGCAUCCUGUCAAGUGCAUCGAAGGAUGCGUCUGCAAACAGGGCUGGUUGCGGGCCGGGAAUGGAACCUGCGUACCUAGGGACCAAUGCAGAACAAAAUGCGGACUUAACGAAAUAUACAGCGACUGUCCCAACCCCUGCCCGCCUAGGAAGUGCAACCUCAAAGAUGCAGUGUUCAAAUGCAAGGCGCCGCCUCAGCUAGGGGACCCUGAAUGCAAGCCUGGGUGCACGUGCGCUAAAAACUAUUACAGAAAUGCAACAGGAUCGUGUGUGCUAAAGAAGAACUGCGAAAAACCAUUGAAAUGUCCAGAAAACGAACAGUAUGAUCCCUGCCCGAUGGUCUGUCCCCCUCAAAAAUGUGGUGUCAACCCAGCUGUGAUUCUGUGCCGGCGUAAUCCAGAGUAUGGGGAUCCAAACUGCGAACCAGGAUGCAUCUGCAAGGACGAAGAAGUGCGGAACGAUGCCGGACAAUGUGUCCCGAAGGAUAAAUGCCCAAAAUGUACUGGCCAGAACGAAUACUGGGAACCCUGCAUUCAAGGCUGCUCGAACCAAACUUGCGGAAGCAUCGGUCAAAAAUACUACUGCCCAUUCCAGAAAGGCUGCAAGAAUGAUUGCAGAUGCAAACCCGGAUUCUACAGGAAAGAUGUUGGAUCACCUUGCAGUCUCACAGAGGAACAGUGCACCAAAGGAAAGUGUCCAACUGGUGAGAAAUGGAACACGUGUCCUGCGAUCAAAUGUGAUGCGGAUUACUGCGCGAAAAAUAAAGAUUCACCAAAACAGUGCCCGAUUGGAAUAGUAUGUGACCCGCCAAGGUGCACAUGCGAGAUAAAUGAAAAGAGAGACAGGAAGACUGGCAAAUGUAUCCCAGUGGCUGACUGUCCACCAUUCCCAUGCCCCCGCAAUGAAGAGUACAGAGUUUGUCCGCCGCCGUGCCCCGGAGAGUCGUGUUUUGCGUACAUCGUCGGGCCACUGGUGGGACACUGCCCGCCGAACGAGCCCGGGACUAUCUGCAUACCGCAAUGCAGGUGUUACAAAGGAUAUUCGAGAAACGAUAACGGAACUUGCAUACCAAGUAAAGACUGCAAGACAACACCAACAACUACAGUAAAACCGCCUACUACCAGCACCGGUGUGAGAGGCUCUGGAUUGUCAGGCGUACUAGAUGGGAUCACAGCAUUCACUGGAAAAUGUCUUUAUGAACGCAUGCAAUCUGCACCUAACGAGAACAUCAUAAUGUCAGCAAUGUCGGUAUUCACUCCGAUAGCCGAGCUUUGUUUGUACUCGGACGGACCAGCUUUUGAUCAGUGCAUCGAGAUACUGAAUCUUAAGGACAAACAAGAUAUUCGGGAUACUUUUACUAAUUUCUCCUCCUUAUACGAAGGUGUAACUAGUGUUAACUUUUCCACUGCUGCCAAAGUAUAUCCUAGUGAUAAGUACCAGCUGAGCGAUGGUUUCAAAAAAGAUGUCGUUGACGUCUUCCGCGCCGAAACACAAGAGAUCGAUUUCAUUAAAAAAAUUCAAGCUGCAGCUAUUAUGAACGCCUGGGUUGAAAGUAAAACCAACAAUAAAAUUAAAGAUUUAGUUUCACCUGACAUGCUAAAUGAAAUGACAAGGAUGGUACUGAUCAACGCCAUUUACUUCAAGGGUAAAUGGCAGAAACAAUUUAAUGAAAAUAAUACGAAAGAAGAAGAUUUCUAUUUAGGCGAUGGUUCAACUACAAAAACCAAGUUGAUGUAUCAAGAAAUCAAGGACCUAGAGUAUGGAGAAGAUGCAUCUUUGGAUUGCAAGGUGGUUCGAAUCCCUUACACAGGCGAAGAGAGCUCCGCGAUAAUUGUUUUACCAAACAGCAUUAACGGCACAAUGCAGUUGGCCAAAUAUCUACAACUUCCGGCUAAUUGGAAGAAACUCUUAGAUAGCCUCUCCCCUCAAAAAGUACAACUAUAUUUACCAAAAUUUGUAAUUAGCACAACUACAGACUUGAAGGACUUAUUAAAGAAGGCUAAUAUUACCAAUUGGUUUGACUGCGGCAAUUCUGGUUUAUCCGGACUUUUAGCCAAACCAGAAGAUAUCUGCAUGACUGAGGCCAUUCAAAAAGCGUGGUGUGAAGUCAAUGAAAUAGGAACAGAGGCUACUGCAGCUAAUGCUGUCGUUAUUACUAGGAAGUCACCAUCAAUUGAACCCAGAAAAUUAAUAUUCCGAGCUGAUCACGGUUUCCUUUACCAUAUACUUAUGAAAGAUCAAAUAAUGUUCUCUGGUGCGGUGCGCACUACCCCUUGAAUAGAGAGGU